AUUAUUUGGAGGCAUCAUAUUUUCCUGAUGGAGAGGGCAAGGAAACACAAAAAGAAUUAAAACAUAUCGCAACAAAGACAGGAGGAAAGAUAUUUCCUGUAAAUAUCGAUUUCACCGAAUCACAAGAUAUUGAAGGCGAUAUAAAGAUGCUCGACGAAGUUAUCGACUUUGUAAAUUCAAGAUGUAAAGACGUGUUGGAGACAGAAAAAAGUGCUGAUGCAAAAGUGUCAGAGAAUAACACAGACAAGCAUUUUUACAUGAAGCUAUUUUGCUUGCUCAAUGGUGCAAGGGCAGAUCGUACAAUACGAAGUAAAGAGCUAGAAAAUGAGAGUCGCAGAAUGACAACACCCAGAACAAAUGUUUUUGGACAAAGCAUAUGUAGUGUGGAGCAAAGAGUUAGUGAGCUGGUAGCAAUGCUGGAGCAAAAAGAAGCAACCUACCAAGAAGCUGUCUCUAAAUAUGAAAACGAAGGCGCCGAAUUUCGGGCAAGAAUUACCGCAUUAGAAGAAAAGCUGGGGGAGACUGAAGAAAUUUUAGAAGACAUUACCACUGAAUAUUGCAAGCUCCAAGAUGAAAUUGAGAAAAAGAAGAGAGAGGCUAUAUUCAGAGAAGUAACGCAAUUAAACCGCAGCACUUCCUCCAAUUCAGAACAUCAAGUGAGCAGGGAGGAGUCGAGUUCCAGAGCAGAACAAAGCUUAGCAAAUGUACCAACAAAUGCCAUCGAACGGGAACUGCACAACAAUUACAAACUGUUGUUGCUGCAAAUUUCUGAAAGAUUAUUACAGAGUGACAAGUUGGAACUUGAAUCCUGGGCUGCAAGUAAUUACUCUCUCGAAACAUCAGCGGAUGCAUUUCAGAUCUUGGUCGAAUUAGAUAAGAAGGGAAUCAUCAGCUCGUCAAAUUUAACUACACUGAGAGAGUUUUUCGAAGGAAAUACCCGCAUUGACCUAGUACUCAUCAUCGAACAUUUCUUGGCAGGAGAUUACACGCUUUUACGCAGUACCCAAUCUGCUAGAAACGAUAACCGCGGCACUCGUAGUCACAUGGCUCCUAGACCUAAUCAAGGACGGCCAUUAAAUGGCAUUCAUCUUCAAGACCAAGCAGCGAGUGAAAGUUCAAGUCCUAGUACAUCCGUGGAAGAAGUCACGGUUGAGAUAAAACGAGCAUUUGGGCACAACGUACCACAUGAGCAAUCCCUACUGGUCACGACUGGUGCAACAGGAGACCAAGUAGUUGUCGAUGGUGCUCACCAUGGUACAG